AUGCUGGCCAAAUUGGUCGUCGAAGCAACGUCAACAACUGUAAGUGGCGCUACUCAAUUGAAAGAUAUAUUGUUUUUGCACUGGUUCAAUAUGGCGAUAACUCGUGAACGACUCAAUGAGCUACUUGAGAUAAAUAACGAAAACAUGAAACAUGCUUUCGAUCCACUAUUGAAAAGUUUUGAUGUUUUCAUUGCUCAAUUGAAGGAAAAAACAGCGAUACUUGUGUUUCCAAUUUUCUCGAAUAAGAAAUUGUCUCACGACGAGAUGCUUACCGAGUUUGAAAAGCAGCUUUGCUCUUAUAACACAAAAAAUCCUUUCAAACAAUUCAACUUGUUAGCGCUACUCUCUGUACAUUUUGAUAGCAAAUUUGCGGAUGAAUUGCUCAACGAAGCCAAGUUGAAGCCUAGCACGCGUGAUUUUGUCGAGUUUUUUGAGACCCAGCAGUUUCAACACUGGAUUGACUCAAAUGUUCCGCUAAAUAAAGCCGUUAAGUGCGAUCAUCAUUUUGACUUUCUGUCUAAGGCCUCGAAAAAUUACAUACCCGAGAAUGAGCUGAUCUCUUUUAUUGGCGAGGCAACUUCAAGCGAUGAAGCCUACUGA